AUGAAGUCGGAAUUCGAGGAAAAGCUGAGUAAUGCCGCAGCCACCGCUGCUGCUGCGACGCUUCAGCAUGAACAGGAGAUACGUGCCGCUAUUUCACAGUCAGAGGAGAAAUCAAAGGAUAGGAUCGAGAAAUUAGAGGCGGCUGUUGCGGAGGCGCGGAAGGACGAAGAUGUUGGUCCAAGAAAUCUUGUCGUGUGUAUAGAUGGAACUGCGAAUCAAUUCGGCAUAAAGAACUCCAAUGUCGUCGAGCUCUAUCACCUCCUUGUGAAGGACAAGCGUCAAAUCACCUUCUACAACAGUGGUAUAGGGACGUAUGCUAAACCUUCCUGGCGUUCGUUAUCCUAUUGGAGGCAAGCCAUCGGACACACCAUCGACCUCAUGAUCGCGUGGAACUAUGAAAGAAUAAUACAGGAGGCAUACCUGUGGCUGUCGGAGAACUAUCGCGACGGCGACCGUGUUUUCCUAUUCGGAUUUUCUCGUGGAGCAUACCAGGUCCGAUGUCUAUCAGCCAUGAUUGAUACGGUCGGUUUAAUUCAUCGAGGAAACGAUGCUCAAAUUCCGUUGUAUGUUGUUCUCUAUAUCCUGCAGCAUUACGUCAGUGACGACCCGAAAGAGAUGGCUAAACGAUUCAAAAAGUCUUUCUCUCGGGAGGUACAGGUACAUUUUGUGGGAGCGUGGGAUACUGUAUCUUCCGUUGGGAUCGUUCGUGACAAGGUUCUACCUGGGACGACUUCGGGAAUGAAGCAUGUUACGUUCUUCCGUCAUGCGUUGGCCCUCGAUGAGAGACGCGUUAAAUUUCUUCCGGAGUAUGCGUACGAGGGUAGCCACUUUCCGGAUGCGAAGAGAGAUACAGAGGAGAAAACCAGAAAUGUUUCCAACACAACCCUUGCAAUGCAUAGAAAGGGGGCGCACGUGUCUCUUAUGAAUCGCAGCGACCCUCCCUUGCGCUGGAUGUCGUACGAAGCAACGGCAGCAGGCUUGCGUCUGGAACCGUUCACGAGGGAAUGGGAAAUUCAAUCGAAGAUCAACGUACACGAAUCACUGGCAGGUCCAUGGUACAUACUCGAGUAUCUGCGCUUGACACAUCUCACAUAUGACGGCGCGAGUAAUGUGACACGUUGGUACGCAGCAGAAUUGUGGUUUGUCAAAGUGUCACUCACAUCUAUGCUGUAG